GAGCAACGCCUGGUGCUCAUCGCGCAAAUUUCACCACACGGCGGGGACAUCUAUUAAGUGAGCUGAGACCUCAAAUGGAAGUCAGAAGAGGAGAGCACAGAAAGCAGAGAUGAGGGAAGGGAACUGGGCCUGCUUGCUGAUCCUGUUGCUGCUGCUAUGUUUGGAGGAAGUGCUGGGUGUAGGGCAGCUCAUGGGGUCCAGCUUCAGCCGGGAUGCCUUCCCGCCAGAUUUCAUCUUUGGUGCUGGAACUUCGGCUUAUCAGGUGGAGGGGGCAGCAGCUGAGGAUGGGAGGAGUCCAAGUCUUUGGGAUACCUUCACUCACACAGGGCAAAUGAUAGACAAGAGCACAGGAGAUGUGGCUUGCGAUGGGUAUCACAAAUACAAGGAAGAUGUCAAGCUGAUGGCUGAUACAGGAUUGGAUUCCUACAGAUUCUCCAUCUCUUGGUCAAGGCUUAUUCCAAAUGGAAGGGGAGCUGUUAAUCUAAAGGGCUUGCAGUUUUACAACAACUUCAUCAAUGAGCUUGUAAAAUAUGGAAUCGAGCCACAUGUUACGCUAUACCAUCUUGAUCUUCCCCAAGUACUUGAGGAUGAGUAUGUAGGAUGGCUGAGCCCCAAAAUUGUGGAUGAUUUCACGGCAUAUGCAAAUGUUUGCUUUACGGAAUUUGGUGAAAGAAUUCCUAGGUGGACCACAAUUGUGGAACCUAACGUGAUAGGCAUGGCUUCUUAUGACAGUGCUAUAUUUCCACCAGCCAGGUGCUCUAAUCCAUUUGGUGUCAUCAAUUGUACUGUUGGCAAUUCGACAAUAGAGCCAUAUAUUGCAGUGCACAACCUCCUAUUGGCUCAUGCUUCGGUCGUCAAACUAUACAGGACAAAAUAUCAAGGUGUGCAAAAAGGGCAGAUAGGCUUGAAUUUGUAUGCUUAUUGGUGUUAUCCAUGGACAGACUCUGCUGCAGAUAUUGAAGCCACACAAAGAACGCUUGACUUCAACGUUGGCUGGAUCCUAAACCCACUGGUUUUUGGAGACUACCCUGAGGUCAUGAAGAAGAUUGUUGGUUCAAGGCUGCCAUCCUUCACCAAAUAUCAGUCUAAACAGUUAAAGGAUUCAUUUGACUACAUUGGCCUAAAUUACUAUACGUCAGUCUAUGUGAAAGACAACUUCAAUGCUUCCAUGACGGGUCCUCGUGACUUCAACACAGAUGUAUCUGUCCUUUUAGCAAGAUCAAGGAAUGAAACACCUGGUGGCCAGUUCGAUCCUACCAUACCAGCACUUACCGAUCCUACAGGACUGCAACACCUGUUGGAGUAUUUCAAGGAUGCCUACGGAAACCCUCCUAUCUUUGUUGAAGAAAAUGGCAAUGGAGUUGCAAGAAAAGAAAGCGAAUUCAACGACACUUCCAAGGUUGAUUUCUUGAGUGGUCACAUCAGUAGCAUACUCGAUGCUAUCAGGAAUGGAGCAAACGUGAAAGGAUACUUUGUUUGGUCGUUCAUGGAUGUAUUUGAGUUUAUAACCGGGUAUCAAUCACGGUAUGGCCUAUACUUUGUGAAUUUUGAUGAUGAGAAUCGCGAAAGGAAACCGAAGCUCUCUGCGCAAUGGUACUCCAGCUUUCUCAAACAGAAGAAGAAGGUUGAGAUGAGAAUUAACAUGACCGAUUUCGAUGAUAACUUUCGUGCUCAUUGGUGAUUUCUCUGUAGUACAUCUAAUAUCUUGAAUAAAUUCAGUCAAAUGAGUAUAUUCCCUUUGUUUUUCUUUUUAAGCAAUUAUGUCUUGAAUAGACUCAGUCGGAUUAAUAUUAAAAUUUUCUCAGUUGUUA